AAACAAAGUUUAGCAUUUUAUAAUUGCAUUUAAUCGCUUCAGUCAAUGAGUUUUGAUGAGAAAGCGCGUUUAGCGGUCUUUGAUAUGUCUUUGAAAUAUAAUCGUGUUUUACACAUAGAAUCAAACCGGAAUAAUUUUAAGAACACGCAGCUGCUCUGCCUUUGCCAUCAGUCUGAUAAUUAGAUUGAGAUCAGCCUUGUCGUGUAGUUUACUUCGAUCAUCAUAUGUAUAUGUGGAAAUGUUUAUCGUAGUUUUAGAUGCUGGUUGUACGUUGUUUAAGUGAAGUGUAUUCCGACGUCGCAAUGAUUGUUUACAUUCGAAGUUCCCGUCAAAAACAGCUGAAGGGAUUCUGCUAGCUCGCUGCAACGAUUUUAAUAUUCCACAUACCUAAAAACUCUUGGAUUGAUGCCCAUGUUCCCUAGUUCUCUGAAUGCAGCUUUUUAACUGUAAAAUUUGAUGUGGUUUGUGUUUUUCUGUCAUGAGCUGAAGAUAGCGCGAGGUGGAGAGUUGUGGAGCCUUCAAGAACAAUGGACCGGAAGUCACCCAAGAAACGAAAUUGCACAAGCGAUAACCCACAAGGUGGAAAUGCCACUAAACGAGCCCGCGAUGUUUAUAUCGACAGUGAUAAUGAUGAUGACGAUGAUCUACUUGUUAGCGUAUGGGGUAACAAAGCUUCCUCUAAUACUCCUGAAAAGACAUGCUCGAGUGGCAGGGGAACUAGCUCAAUGAAAACCCCUGCGUUGACAUCAAAACUAGGCUCUCCUGGGAGUUCUAAGGUUUCCUCGAUUUGCACUCUUCCAGGCGGCAGCUACUCUCUUCCUGUCGACAGUGUUGGCGCGGUAAAGCCUGGAACAUCUUUUGCUACCCGUUCCUCCAACGAUGCAAACUCGUCAGGUUACUCACUUAGUUCCAGUUAUGCGGAUAAUUUUAAAACGCUAAGAGAAAUGUUUCCGACUACUGCUGUGGGCACUAUCAAGUCAUACUUGGAUUUUUAUAGUUACAAUGCCAACUGUGUUGAGGUUAUAACGAAUAUGCUACUCGAUGGAAAUGAGAAUGGUAUUACAUGUACUUCUACUUUUACAAAUGGUGACGACUCUAAUGCUCAGAAGCAAAGUAGAGAAAGAUGUGUAGAGGAUUCGUCGAGUAAAAUCACUUCAACUAACGUUCCGAACAGUGGAAUCAAAUGUCCCAGCUCAACCGCAACACCUGUGGUUGGUAUUCAAAUAAAGCGGGGCAAAUACAAACUUGUGCAGUCAGCAAUGAGGAAAUGCACUGAUAAAACCUCUGCAGCAAUCGAUAUUGCAAAACCCUAUACUGCAAGAAGUACACCCCAAAACAAAAGUCAGUCAUCUCAGAAUUUGUCUUUGCAAAAUGAUAACGGUCCCUUUAAAAGAGAGAAUAGUUGCCCUAAAGGUAAAAAUGCUCCAAUGAAAACCACUUCAAUCAGGAGUCAUCCUACUAUGAAUCCGACAACUCAAAGGCAAAAUUACCCAUGUAAGAGUAACACGUGUAGCACUUUUCCUGGUGCAAAAAAUAAGAGAAGGAAGGAGUUGUUGAAUAUGGUACAACAGAUGUCGGCUUCUUUGUCAAGCCUGCCCUCGGUUUCAAGAACCAAAGAUGAUUCUGUUGUAAACAGCACUGCUGCUUCCUGUACUUCGAGAGCGAGCAAGCAAGCCAUUCAGGUUUUACAACAGUCAAAGAAGAGUGCAGUUUCUUCUGGUAGAAACCAGAGAUCUGGCAACCAUUCUUACCCAUCAACCUCGGGUUUGCAAGUAAGUAAUGAAGCUAAUGGAAGUGCCGUUCAAGGCGCCAACAUACAUACCAGCUUUACACAAGCAUUCGUCACACCAACCGCAACAGCCACUACUCCACCGACCACCACAACAACCUCCGACAGAUCAGCUCCAUCCUCUACACCCUCAAACUCCCGCCCCCAAGACUCGGACAAGGCACUCGCUUUUGAAAGCGACGUAGAAGCUCUGUGCAAGGUAUUCCCUGAUAUUGACGAGGAUCUUAUCCGCCGUAUGCUUACUGAGUUUGAGUCUGAUCCCAGGAGAGUUGCGCAGGAACUUGCGACCAAUGUACAUUGCCUGAAGAAGACAAAUUCAAAGAAAACAAAGGUGACUUGGUUUUGGGAACACAACGCCAAGCUGGUGGCAUUUAGCGAAAUCGAAAAUAAUGUUUUAGAAAAGAAGUUUAAACGCCCAAAAAGGGGUUAUGUAAAAGUGAAAUUCCCGGGUACUCCAUUUAAAUGCCAUGUUGAUCUUGUGCACAUGACAAUGCAUGAUCAUCGUGGCGUUUGUGUCGAGCUUGUCAGGAUUCCAGAUGUCGAAGACGAUACUGCCGAUAAAACUCCUGUUAGUCAUGCAAGGAAUGUUGUCCCACGUGAGGCACAGACCUAUCCAGAUUACUGGCAAGCACAGGGCGACAAAGCCGAGCUUAUCAUUGUCCGGCCCGGCUCAGCGGAGUUCAUUCAUGUUGAGAGUCUUCUGAAAAAAACUUUGCCUGCUGCUAAUGUUACGAACAUAGAGCGCGUACAGAAUAAAUGGCUUUACAGGAAGUAUGCAGUGCAGAGAGCUCUAAUAUUGGAAAAGAAUGGUGUUUCUCGGGUGAAUGAGAUGGAGCUUUUUCACGGAACCAGAAAAAAUGACCCCAAGGUCAUCUGGAGUAAUGAGGAUGGCUUUGACAUGCGAUACUCAGCGGACGGAAUGUGGGGUAGAGGGGCAUACUUUGCCGUGGAUGCUGCCUACUGCCAUCAGGGAUAUGUGUACGUUAAAAAGCGGUCAAAUCGCCAAGCGAAAUGCCAAGUGUUCCUUGCAACAGUACUUACCGGAGACACGAUCAACAUGGGCCCUAACAGAAAAAUAAGAAAACCGCCUUUGAACCUAUCAACAGGGAUGAACUAUGACAGCAUCACAGGCGUCACUUUAAACCAUCGGAUCUAUGUGCUUUACCAGUUGGAGAAGGCGUAUCCAGCUUACCUGAUCACCUAUAUUACCUGAUCACCUAUACCACUUGAUCACAUAUAUUACCUGAUCACCUAUAUUACCUGAUCACCUAUACCACUUGAUCACAUAUAUUACCUGAUCACCUAUAUUACCUGAUCACCUAUACCACUUAAUCACAUAUAUUACCUGAUCACCUAUAUUACCUGAUCACCUAUACCAAUUGAUCACAUAUAUUACCUGAUCACCUAUAUUACCUGAUCACCUAUACCACUUGAUCUCAUAUAUUACCUUAUCACCUAUAUUACCUGAUCACCUAUACUACCUUAUCACCUAUAUUACCUGAUCACCUAUACUACCUGAUCACCUAUAUGAUCACAUAUACUACUUGAUCACCUUUAUUACGUGAUCACCUAUACCACCUGAUCACCUAUAUGAUCACCUAUACUACCUGAUCACUUAUAUGAUCACAUAUACUACCUGAUCACUUAUAUGAUCACCUAUACUACCUGAUCACUUAUAUGAUUACAUAUACUACCUGAUCACUUAUAUGAUCACAUAUACUACUUGAUCACCUAUACGAUCACGUAUAUUACCUAAUCACCUAUACUACCUGAUUACCUAUAUGAUCACAUAUAUUACCUGAUCACCUUUAUUACGUGAUCACCUAUACAACCUGAUCACCUAUAUGAUCACCUAUACUACCUGAUCACUUAUAUGAUCACAUAUACUACCUGAUCCAUUGUACUACCUGAUGCCCUGCACUCGACAAAUCUGAUCGUAGCCUUUGUACACUUAACAUUUUGCCCACUGCAUUUCUACCCGCCGCCAUCUAAAUAUCAAGCUCGGAUGGAAUCUUUUUUAUUUGAUUCCGAUUGAAUCGGUAAAUCAGUAAAAUAAAUUGCAUUUAGAUGGUAA